AUGUGCGUUACUGCUAUAGCUUAUUUUGUUCACCCCAAAUACCCAUUUGUUUUACUUUUCAACAGAGAUGAGGUAUUCGAAAGGCCUGUGUCAGAGAUAGCAGAGUGAACUGAUGAAUGGGAAGGAAUAGUUGCUGGUCGAGAUUUGAUGGCAGGUGGAACGUGGCUAGGGAUGAAUCAUGAUGGUAAGUUUGUUGCUGUCACAAAUUUUAGGGAUAGCAACACUCAGACUGAACAGCAAAAAGUUCCAAGCAUUGCGGUUGAAUUGGAUAAUAGAGGCGCCUUUCUUAGCCGCGGUUUGAUCCCUUUACAAAUUUUAAGAAAAAACGUAAAUAUUGUGGGCGAACUUGAAAAUUUAUGGGAAGAAAGAUCUCGCUAUAGGAGCUUCAACUUAUUAGCAGGAGACGUUAAAGGCUCUGGACUUUAUUAUUUUAGCGUAAAUCAAACUGAAAAUGCUUUUAAUGGCUUAAAGCAGCUUGAGCAAGGACUCCAUUGCAUGUCUAACACUGACAUUUCUAACAACUGAAAAAGGACGACAACGCUAAAAGAUGAACUAGAUUGUUUUUUAAAAAACCAUGAAGAGUUUUCACCGCUAGAUUUGUUACCUCUUUUAACGCCUGAGCUAGCUAGUAAUGAGCCCACUCAACGAGCAGUGUCAGUUUUCUAUAAAUCAAACCCUAUAAAUAUAGGUGAAAAAACUAUCUCUUUUGGGACAGUGUCCUCUACAAUUAUAACAGUAAGCAUUUCUAAUGAAGUUAAUAUACUUGAAAGGACAUGAAGCAGAGACCAAUUAUCAUAUGCUGACACAUCUAAAAGUUUUUAUAUAUCUACUUAG